AUGCCACAAAAUAAAUUGGUUCAGCAAAUGAACGAUGGCCCUGCGGUUCAUUAUAGUCAGUUGUGGACCUCAACCCAAGAGUGCGUUCUACACACAAUAAAACACAAUUGGACAAAUCAUGUUCCCAUGCCUCUGCUUGAGGAACGAAAUCGGUCAAAUGUUAAUCAUACAGACAGAGACCCCGGGGAUAGGGAUGUCGGAUCAGUGGAAAAUUACUAUUUGCAAAUUCAUCGUACUGGAGCGGAUUCAGCCGUGGAACGGCUGAGUAGUGAACAUUCCGCUAUCGGGUUCGGACCAUAUAACGAGGGUACAUAUUUUGAAUCGGAGGGGAUUAUUUUACCUAGCGGGGCACCGCACAGUCUGAAUCAGGUAAAUCGAAGUUCAAUUACUUCCUUUCAAAAUGCGCUUUCGCGAAAUCCGGACCCAUUAGCACAGACGGAAAUGACUAAAAGUCAGAUUGAUUUGACAACCGCCAGCGAGCAAUUAGAUCUCAGACCAAAACUGCUGACCCACAGUUCCGCACUCUCACUCUCCGCACCCAAUGUGUCCAUUCAGCACUCCCAGCCACUAGAUCUAAUGCAUUCAUCCGAAAACAAAGGUGACAAGCUUUUGAAUUACAAUAAUCCAAUAAUGACCAAAUCCACUGGAGAAGGUAAUUUGUCCAUACAACCUAAGAUGAGUACUAAACCAGAAGUAAAUAAAUCAGUCACUGUUGAUUUUAAUACCAUCGUCAGCAGAGAAAACGGGACAGUUGUCGUUCCACCAAUGUCCGGUUGCCCAAAUGCGAUAGAAAUUACACACACGGUGACUUUGAAAUGUUUGCCUUGUGAUGGUAGUGGUGCUGAUGGCCCGACUCACUCAAUGCCUAUCUAUGAUCGUACCCCAUGGUCCCCGGUAAAUUGGCCGAGAUCGCCAUAUCUUGAUGCCGGUUGUCAAACAAGAAAUGCCAGUGAUACGAGCAUGUCUAGUAGAACACCGGAAAGAAAAUCAUCUCGUGGUAUUAACUGUUUCCAUGAACCUAAACAGGCUGAACACCAAUCGGUCCCGAUGUUCUACCAACAAUCUUCGAUCAAUCCAAAAGCAAACCAAUCAUUACCGGCUAAAGAACAUCUAAGAUCGCGUUCAAGCGAGCCCUCACAGCCAACAAAUAUGAUUGAUGAAGGAGGCAAAGUGAUUUCAAAUCCUUCGCAAGGAAGCAUUAUUACUCAACCUGUGAGCACGGUUGAACCCGUCAUAAUGGCUAGAAAAUCAAGUAAUAACUUCUCGGAAUCCGGUUUGGGAAAACCCGAAACGGAGAACAAAGCCUGUUGUGUGUCAAAAUCGAAGAGUAAUCAAACCAAAACUAAACAGAAAGAGAAAAAAAUGAAAUCGAUUGGGGAUGUUGCACAGAAUGGAUCUAAAGCAAAGUCAAAGGACAAACCAAAACCAUGCUAUUUUUGCUUCCGCAGUCGUAAAGAAUCACCAAUUUUAGAGACACAAUUACCCACAAAUACUAGGGUUCCUGAAACGAUUGAGACUGUGCCACCUUUAAUCACACAAACCUCAUUAUCUCCUAGUCCAGACGGACUCGAAAGUCAAAUCAUUCCCACGCAUGUGGAUCGCAUACGUGACGCACCUGACAAAAACGAACCGACAAAAGCCGUGAAAAUAGUCCGCUUCGAACCGAACACAGNCCGCCGACCAUCUACUUGGCCGAUCAAGCGUAUGCAAUUAUGUCUGACUCUAAUCCUAGCGAAAUUGUGGAACAACCAAUAA